GACCUUCUAGCUUUAUUGAUGCUCCUCUUCUUUGAAGAGAAGGAAGAAAUCUUUGGCACUACUACAUUAAUAUUACCAGCAAAUCUUCCAACCAUCUGAUUCUGGUAUUGGUAUUUGCAUAAUUUCUUUUCAUUUGUGAUAUCGCCCUCCAAUAUUUUCAAAAUAGACAAAGCUUCUCUGCCAUCCAUCAACAAAUUUUACUAUUUAUCAAAUUUUACUACAAAUACUUGUGUGCUAAGAUACUACCAUCAUCAAGUAUUUAGUCCAAGAUUUAAUCUGAAAGCCUUCAUCAUCUCUUUAUAUAUCCACCAAUAAUUAUACUCAACAACAAUAGCAGCUAGCCAUAGAAUCAUUGACCAUGUUGAAUGCAUCACCACCAUCCUAUAACAAACCUGAGCAGCAAACCACUUCUCAUCAUCCAACUACUUUAAACAAUUACAAGAACAACAACAACAUGAAGUGUUCUGUGAUACAAGAUAUUGCUCAAACACCCAUCAUCACCUCCAACAACACAUCAAGUAAUAGUUGCACAACUGCCGUCACAUGUGCCAAUUAUCCACUGCAGCAUAAUAAUAAUCCCAUUAAUCCUAAGCUUGAAGAUUAUCCUCCCCAACAACAAGAAGAACAAGAACCUUCAAAUGGUGAGAAACAAUUUUCAUCCAAUGUACAUGAAGAACAUCAAACACUACCACCAUUCUCUUUCAAUAAUCAAGACAUCAUUCACAUGGCACCAGAGUAUCCAUCACAAAAACCACCAAUACAUGCAUACUUGUCAUGUAUUGAGCCACAAUUUACUUUAUACGAACCAUCCCUAGAUCCAUUAGUAUGCAUGUCAACAAUUUUCAAACCCAACAGCAAGCUAGCUGUCAUUGAUCAUAACAAGACCUCCCAAAUGUUGUCACACAAGCAUCCUAUGAACGAUGCCAUCGAACCAAGAACGUCCACUUUUGUCCAGUCAAAGAAAAUCUUUGAGCCAUCCUAUCCACUUUCCACCAAUUACGAAGCCAUUAAUGUUGUGGAUUCUGGAGUACACCAACCCACAACUGUAUUUCCUUCAAUUCCAUCCUCAUCAUCUUUGGCUUCUUCCUCAUCAUCUACACACAUUCAUCAUCCACCGAAUGCAUCUAUUGCCAGUCAUCUUCAAAAUGGAGCAAAUACGAGAAUGCAUGCUUCUGUACUCCCUACCUCUCCAUUAUUGCAUUCUCCAAUUUUGCAUGUAGUUCCAUCACCUUCAAUGGUUCAAUUUCCAAUCUCCAAUGUUAAUACUACUAGUAGUAGAAUAGCAAAACCAAAGAUUAAUGAUACAUUCAUUACAUCUUCACGAGUUGGUCAUGCAUCUAGUAAUUCUUUAAAUUCUACUACUCAAGAUUUUCAUCUGCCAACAAAACAAUUGAAAAAAUUGGAUACUGAAACUGGUAAGAAAUCAUCUCCAACUCAACAGGGAAAUUUGUAUGAAGAGGAUUCAUCUAGCCCUUUACACAAUGAGGAGGAUUCUGAUGAAUCAAUUGAGGAUGUAACAUUAGAAGAAACCAUGAUGAGAUGCUCUCCCUAUAAGAAAAUUACAACCUCAGAAACUGGAGAUGUGCAAAUUAAUCACGGAACUUGGAGUAAGGAAGAACAUGAGAUGUUUUUACUUGGUUUGAAAGAGGCUGGAAGAAAUUGGGAACUCAUUGCCAAUAAGUAUAUUAAAAGCAGAGUGAGAUCACAAGUAGCUUCUCAUGAAAUAUUUCAAAAAGAUUGAAAAACAGAAAAAGAUGAACCUCCUCAAAGCUAAAGAAGCUCUAAAUCCAAGUUUAGUUUGGUCAUACUACGACUAUUCUAAAAAGAAUUAACAAAACAUCUCAUGGUCGUAAUUUUGCAGGUACAUGCUUGCAUGGCCAUGGGAUUUAAAAUUUUUGGACCACUAAUACAUUUCUUUAAACCCUUUUGGCCAUGCAAUCCAUUCAAGCAUGUAUCGAUAGAGAACUUCCUUUAUGAAUAAAGAUUUGAUUUUUUUGGU